CCAAGCCGUGUAAGAAGCUGCAUGACCCCAACCGGCCGCCGUAAAUUCCUGAGACAGAGAGGAUACUUCAAGAACAAAAACCCAGGCUGAGCUUUGACUAAAAAAGUUCUCUGUAAUUUCCUCGCUUCUUCUUGUUGAUCCGCAGUGUCACAAAUUACCCUUUUUUUCUGUGGAGUAUUUUAAUCACUGUUUUGCCCAGUGACGGUUAACCCUCACUCUGCCGGAGGAGCAGCAGCUCAUGUAACCCCCCUCCAUGCCCAAAUUCUUCAACUCCCCCAAAGCCUCCAUCUUCUUCUCUUCACUUUCCAACCAGAGGUUUCUUCUCACCUUGCAUCCAAAACGCAUCUCAUCAUCAUCAUCAUCAUCACCACGUUCAUCCACAAGAUCCUUCAGCACUGUCCCAACCGACCAGCACAUUGCCCAUUUGAUCCUAGACCAGAAAACACCGUCCCUAGCGCUAGAAACCUUCGAAUGGGCCUCCAAGAUCCCCAAUUUCACCCACUCCCAAUCCACCUACCGCGCCCUCAUCCACAAGCUCUGUGCUUUCCGCCGCUUCGACGCCGUCCAGCAACUGCUCGACGGAAUGCCCAGCUCAAUCGGGUCGCCCCCGGAUGAAAGCAUUUUCCUCACGAUCGUCCGGGGCCUGGGCCGUGCUCGGAGGAUCCGUGAGGCCAUCAAAGUUCUUGACUUGGUGCGCAAGUUCGGCGAGGAGCCGUCCCUGAGGGUAUAUAACUCAAUCCUCGACGUUCUUGUGAAGGAAGAUAUUGAUUUGGCUAGGAAGUUUUAUAGGGAGAAGAUGAUGGAGAGUGGCGUUCAAGGGGAUGAGUACACUUUCGGGAUUUUGAUGAAGGGUCUGUGUUUGACGAAUAGGAUCGCUGAUGGUUUUAAGCUCUUGCAAGUCAUGAAGUCUGGUGUUGUCAAGCCUAAUACAGUGAUAUACAACACUUUGCUUCAUGCCCUCUGCAAGAAUGGAAAGGUCGGGCGGGCGAGGAGCUUGAUGAGUGAGAUGGAGGAGCCAAAUGACGUGACAUUUAAUAUCUUGAUAUCGGCAUACUGUAGUGAAGAGAACUUGGUUCAAGCUCUUGUCUUACUUGAGAAAAGCCUUGGCUCGGGGUUCGUCCCUGAUGUUGUUACGGUGACCAAAGUUUUGCAACUCCUUUGCAGUGUAGGCCGCGUGAUGGAAGCUGUUGACGUAUUGGAGAAAGUUGAGAACAAGGGGGGUCCUGUGGAUGUUGUGGCUUAUAAUACGUUGGUGAAGGGUUUUUGCGGAAUAGGGAAAGUGAAAGUAGGACAUUGCUUGCUCGAGGAGAUGGAGAGAAAGGGGUGCCUCCCAAAUGCAGACACAUACAAUUUGCUGAUCUCUGGCUUCUGUGAUUCUGCAAUGAUGGAUUUAGCUCUUGAUAUGUUCAAUGACAUGAAAACAGAUGGGAUUGGUUGGAAUUAUGCUACAUUUGAUGCACUGAUUCGAGGUUUAUGCUCAGGAGGGAGAACGGAUGAUGCUUUUAAGAUCUUGGAGCUCAUGGAGGAGAACAGAAGUGGCUCCGGUGGUCGUAUUGGUCCCUACAAUAGCAUAUUAUAUGGUCUAUACGAGGAAAACCGCAUGAACGAAGCAUUGGAGUUCAUGAUCAAGAUGGAGAGAUUAUUUCCUAGGGCCGUUGGUAGUUGCAUGAAAAUAUUAGGACUCUGUCUCGAGGGCAGAUCAGGGGACGCAAAGAUUGUCUAUGAUCAAAUGAUAGGGGAAGGUGGAUUCCCAAAUGUUCUUGUUUAUGGCUCCCUGAUACAUGGAUUGAGCCAAGAUGGGAAUGUGCGAGACGCAUUCGAGCUAAUGAACGAGAUGAUCGGUCUGGGAUAUUUCCCGAUCGCGUCAACAUUUAAUGCCCUAAUUAGCAGCUUUUGCCGGCACGGGAAGAUAGGGAGCGCCUUGAAGCUCAUGGAGGACGUGAUCAAGAGAGGUUGUAGGCCUAAUGCAGAGAGUUACAGACCUCUGGUUGAUGCUUUUUGCGGGAAGGGAGAACUCGACAUGGCUUUGAAGCUCUUAUUACAGAUGGUGGAAAUGGGAAUCGCCCCCGAUCAUUCCAUAUGGAACGCGUUGGUUCUUUCUUUCAGCCGAGAAUCGACGUCAUCAACAAAAGAUGGAUUCGCUUUCCUCUUUCUUUAUGAUCAUGGAGGCCCUUCCCUGGCAGAUGAGUGGGCUGGUUGAUUGUCUUUUAGGUUUGGCGUGAACCCUUUGUACUGAUUGCUCCGAGCAAUCAAUGAUGUCCUUCAAAUUUGGGAAAA